AUGCAUCACAGCACCUGCCCAGAUGAACUUUCAGACAUCAGAAGGUUCCUCUCACAGACUCUGCCAGAUGCUGAUCCACCAUCAAGGGAGGACAUUGACAAAAUGUCUGUGAAGGAGCUCAAGCAAUUCCUGCACAGCAGAUCAAUUGAUACCAGAUCCUUCCUAGAAAAGUCCGAGUUUGUAGAACGGGCUAAGGCAGCUUUGUAA